CUGAGGAUGCUCCUCCUCCAAGCUUCAUAACCCACAGCAGUCACACUGCACCGGUCUGUCUGGGACACACUGCUGAGACUGAGAAAGCCCAAAGGACCUCAGAGAUGACGACUAGCUGCAUGAGGUCAACCCUGGAUCCUGAGCAUCGACUGAUGACACAGGAGAGCAAACACUAUCAGGGGGUGGAGAGCUCCGUGGACAGGAAGUUGGUGGUGAAAGAUGAAAAAGACAAAGAUGAGGCUCAGGAGGAAGACCAGCUGAAGAAACCUCGCAGAAAGGACACGCCCAUCCUCAACUGUCCUCCACUGAUACCAGGUGUGCGACAGCUCAAGGCGGCGAAGCAGGUGGUUCACUUAGAGGAUGCAGAGAAGGAUGUGAAUAAUUAAUUAUUUUCUUUUGUUGCCAAGACAUAUUUUAUGUUUGCUGUCUCAUUAAAUGUUCUUUUGAC